AUGGCUGGCGGUUUUCCCGCCUUUCCCUUGCCCGGCUCCGAUGGUCUUGACGACUCACGGAAGAAUUUACUAGGACGCGUACCUGGAGGGCUCAUAUGCACCACUUCUAUCUUUUCACAGGGACUCUCACAUACAUCAAGCACAGAGUUACCCAAUGGCAUCACUUGUGUCGAAGUAACGCCCGGGCCAGGGGGUGCUCAGGGCAAGCCAAAGAAUGAGGGAAUUCUACAGGUCGCCAAUAACAUCAAACACACUAUCAAUCAGCGUAGUCUGCAGAUCGAGGAAAAGCAGCAGCCUACGUCGACGUCAGCCGCCCACACCCAGGAAGGGGUUCUGCAUCUUCAAGGGUCCACAUCAGCCUCCAGCAUUCCUUACGCUGAUAGUUUGGGAAGUGGUUCCUCCCACCAAGUCUUGACGGAUGAUAGCUCAUCCCCGUCCUCAGAUGACAGUACGUUCAGUGGAUCCACUUCAGGCUCAAACGAGUACUCAACUGAAAUCACUGACGACGACUAUGAUGAUGAGAUCGGCGCCGAGGACAAACUCAAAGCUGCAGACCAUGCCGCACAAGAGCAAGCCCACUGGCCGCUUUGCCUUUGCUUUACAAAAUCCAAGUUUCUUUUAACCUAUGGGCUUAGCGCGCUUUAUACUUUUUGCUUUCUUGUCGUUUCAAAAGUUCGUGAAGAUAUCCCUCUGAUCAGUUUAUCAGAGAAGCUUUACGACUUGUUCAACAAGGAUGAGGAAGGAUCGGCCACAAGGGGACGAGAUAAACGACGCUCUUUAAAGUUAUUGAAAGCUCUCCUACGCGUUCGACAAAUGACUCGACGGGGCUUCAAUGCUCUCUCUCGAGUCCAUGCCCUGUCCUCCCCUGGCUUGCACUCCAGACAGCCUACACGAACCGAGGAACAGAAUCAUGAGGAUUGUCUUGCUUCAAGGUCUCGUAACAACUUUGGCGUGUUAGCAGAUCUACUGAGACUGCAUGAGCGGCGACAUGCUGGAAACCAUGUCCCAAACACAGAUUAUAUAAGCUACCCAGACACCCUACACCUGCGCGAUGACAGCUUCGAUGAUACCUACAGCUCCGAGCGAUCACUAAGCCAAGACUCGGGAAUUGCUAAACCACCUAAAAGAAAAUGGUGGGAGAAAAAUUCCAAUUCUUCCACGGCUCUCUCAUGGACAGAUCACAGAGCCAAAGACUUUUACUCAGGCACAUCGGGCCAACGACCGCCUUUGAGACGCUCCCGAAGUAGCGGUGGCCUGAUACCAGGUACCCGGGGGCCAAUGGAUUUACGAGACCAAGAAAACGCUCGAGAAGAGAUGUGUAUUACUGUCCACCUCGCUGAGACUCUAUCUUGCCAACGAUAUUUGCUGCGUCUCUGUAAAGCUCUAAUGAAGUAUGGAGCACCUACACAUCGUUUGGAAGAAUAUAUGCGCAUGACCGCACAGGUUCUACAGGUCAAUGGACAGUUUUUAUACAUUCCAGGGUGUAUGGUUAUAUCAUUUGAUGAUGCUGCUACCCACACUGCAGAUGUGAAGUUGGUGAAAGCCGCACAAGGGGUUGACCUUGGCCGAUUGUUUGAAGUGCAUAAAAUCUAUAAAGAAGUCGUUCACAAUAUUAUCCAGGUUGAAGAAGCAACAAGAAACCUGGAAGAAAUCAUGAAGCAAAAACCCCGGUUCAACGUUUGGUUUCUCAUUCUGAUGCACGGCUGUGCCAGCGCUUCUGUUGGCCCGUUUGCUUUCGGAGCUCGUCCAAUUGACAUGCCAAUUGCAUUUGUCCUGGGUUGUCUGCUGGGAAUCUUGCAAUUGGUUUUAUCUCCACGUUCCUAUUUAUAUUCCAACGUCUUCGAAAUAUCUGCGGCUGUCCUUACGUCAUUCCUCGCAAGAGCGUUUGGCAGCAUACCGUAUAACGGUGGUCAUCUUUUCUGUUUCUCUGCUCUCGCUCAGAGCUCUAUUGCUCUUAUUCUACCCGGAUACAUGGUCUUGUGUGGAAGUCUGGAAUUACAGUCUCGUAGUAUCGUUGCUGGCUCGGUUCGCAUGGUUUAUUCGAUUAUCUACUCGCUCUUUCUCGGGUUUGGAAUCACAGUCGGUACAUCGGUAUAUGGCCUGCUAGACCCAAACGCCACUUCAGAUUACACUUGCCCACCUAGCCCAAUCCAAAAUCCUUAUCUGCAACGCUUACCUUUCGUUGCCAUGUUCACUUUCUGCUUGACAACGAUCAAUCAGGCUAAAUGGCGACAGAUACCGAUGAUGCUAUGCAUCUCUCUUUGCGGCUACCUAACCACAUUUCUAUCGACGAAAAGGUUCGGAGCCAACACCCAGGUUGUCAAUGCCUUGGGUGCUUUUGUCAUUGGAGUAAUGGGAAACCUAUACAGUCGACUACAACAUGGUCUCGCCGCGGCUGCUAUACUCCCAGCAAUAUUCGUCCAGGUCCCAUCUGGAUUAGCAGCAAGCGGGUCUUUAGUUUCUGGUAUUGCUUCAGCAAAUGCUAUUAAUCAAAAUACAUCAUUCUAUUCAAUUAUCAAUAACGGAACUCAGGGUUUCUACGAGGCACAGCAGAAUAUGUCGUCGGUCUACGGAAUGAAUAAGAUGUACAGCGGAGUCGUCUUUGACAUUGGGUAUGGAAUGAUCCAAGUAGCCAUCGGUAUCACCGUUGGUCUCUUCUUGGCUGCUUUGGUUGUCUAUCCUUUGGGCAAGAAACGCAGUGGCCUAUUUACCUUUUAA